AUGGAAGAUGAUCGAAUUUUUUCAACAAUCAUUAAAUUUAAAUGUCUAUUUGCAGCAGCUCCAGAAGUUCACCCAAGUCCAAUAGAAAUGCAUGAAAUGCCUCGAGAUGACCAACCAGGUGACUACUCAAAUCGAUAUACAACAAUAGCUGAUCAUCCAUCAUCAACAAAACCAAUACAGUCCACUUCAAUGUACGCACUUGAAACUCGAUAUCAACCAAUGCCAUCAAAAACAUUACCAAAAACGACUGAACCAAAUGUUUAUUACUUAGAUUCGAUACCAGCAGACGAACAGCCGAUUAAAAAACGAAAUCGACAAACGAAACUUCCCGUUGAAGAACAAGUACAAUCAGGCGCACCAACUGUUUUUCUUGCACCCAAAGUUAUGCCACAACCAAUCCUUUAUACACUUGCUAAUGCAAGACCUACGCCAAUGACUGAUCCAUCAAUGUCUGUCAAUCAGCAGUCGUCAGCCCCAACUAUCUAUUCAUUAGUUAGUCGACAACGUCCUCAAACUGUAGAUAUGAGUGCUAACAGUUCAGAAAUGCCGGAUCAAAUCAGUAACAAAUCUCCUACAUUGUAUUCAUUGGCUAGUAGUUCCAAUCCUAAAAGAAGAAUUGAAGAACCAACUGAUCAAUAUUUACGGCCAUCGCCAAAUUUUUAUUCAAUCGUCGGUAGUCCAGCACGUACAUCCCGAGGUACACAAGUUGAUCUGCCUGAUCCGAAUGGUCCAGCACCAAUUUUAUAUACGAUUGUGGGUGACACACCAAUUGAAAAAUACAGACCAAAAGCAGAUAGUUCACCGCGCACAAUAACAAAUUCAUCAACAGAUGCUGCUACUUACACGACAAAAAAUGAUCCUAAUAUAAUUCGAGCACAACAACAAUAUCCAAGUCCAAAACCUACAGUUUAUGCACUAGUUGGUGAAUCAGAUACAGUUAAGAAACCUCAACCAAAACCACCUGCAGCAAAGCAAACUUCACCGGCAAUAUGUAUUACUGACCGUACUAAUCGUAGUUUCGAACGAAAGUCAGACAUGAUUCGUGACGAACCUGUAUCCUACCCAAUAAUAAAAACUAAGCAAGAAUCUCCGCUGAAAGAACGAAAAUAUCCAAAAUCAGAAACAUUAGUAGUUCCUGCAAUUGAUGAGCCAAUUCGUGCACUUCCACCAAUAUCUCAACAAUCAGCUGUGUUUUAUACAGGCUCAGAAAGCGUACAGCGUAAACCUAACGCAUCAAUACAAAAUGAACCAUUACAAUUACCUGACUAUCGUUCACCCUAUGCAUAUCGAACACAGAAACCAUAUCGUGGCCGAAAUUCAAAUAAUAAUCCAUUACCUGUUAUAUCAAAUAGCCGUUCGGAAACAAAACCAAGACAACCAAUCUAUGAAACACGACCUCAUCUUGAUCGACGACAGCCGAGUGCCGCAGCGAAACCAAAAUCUUUGGAGCGAUAUCCUGCUAACAAAAAUGCACGUUCAGGUGCAUGGGAUAAUGGUUAUCAAACUCAAACUGAUGACGAUGAAGAAUAUGAGCAACGAACAAAUAAGAAGAAAAGACAAUAUAAGAAAGCGCAGUCACGUGCGCCAUGGAUACCUGUUUGGUAA